UUGAAUUGGUUUGACGAGGAAUGUUGAGGAAGAUAGGUUUAGAGGUUUGAAUUGGGAGUAGGGACCUUGGUUAGCAAAUAUUUUGGUGUGAUUCUCGCAUGUGGAAAGUAAAUUUUACUUCUGCCCCUCUCUCAAUCAUAAGAAUAAUCUGAUGGUAAAUAUAGAGAUACUUCCCCGCCACUGCAUGCUACUUACGGGAGGGGAUCCCAAUCCGCGGCGUAGAUCUCGUUAUUUCAAGACAACCCUGUUUUCUUUGGUUUUAGGGCUAAUCAAUUCAAAAUCUCAUGUACCCGGAUAUUGAGAGAAUCCAUCAUCGUCGCUGAUAGUCGAUAGAUAGACCCUAAUGAAAUGCGUUUACUUUGAUCCAAUAAUACGACCAGGCCUGCCACUCACAUCUUCAUUACUUAAUUCAGCAGGUACCAUCGCGAGUUCGCGGAAACCAUAGAAUUGGACGGCCCAAAUAUAAAUCAUUCUGUAUCUGUCACUACUCACUAGGCAGGGAUAUUUAUAUCUAUCUUGUUUAAUUCAACUCUUGUUAGUCUCAUGCUUCGAAAUUCUAAGGUCAGAUUUCGGUUUUUCUGCUUCUACCUUCCCCCCCCCCCCCCUCAUUUCCUUCUUCGAAACUACAAUCCUUUGGCUAAUUCAUGCGUUGCUUCAUGACUAUAAAGCUCCCGCCUAUGGCAUAUGCUUGUCGAAUCCAUAAAUGGUCUUAUCCCUGUGCUUGCAUUUCUUCAAGUUCGUGCGCUAGUCAUAUUGAAGAUGUACCGGAAAGGAUUCGGAAUCCAACAGACUCGUCCGAAUUCAAGCAAAAUAUUAACUUUUUGAGGAACAAACUUGUGCCAGAGAACUUAAUCCGGGUUUUGAACUGUACCAGUGAUUUGAAUUCAGCAGUGAAGAUCUUCAAUUGGGCUGCUCUUCAGAAGAGUUUCCGCCACACCGCCCAUACAUAUUAUGAUAUGAUUUUGAAACUGGGCAUGACUGGGAAUGUUCAGGAGAUGGGGGCUCUCUGUCAAGGUAUGAUAAAGGAUGGAUGCCCGGGAGCUGAGGAAGCUCUUAUAGCGCUAAUCCGUACAUUUGUUGGGCAUUCCAGGCUUAACGAAGCGAUGACAGUUUUCAUGAACAUGGCUUUGGGUCGUUAUAAGCCUCCUGUACAUGUGUUUAAUGUUCUAUUGGGCGCUCUUGCGAAAGAAAAUGGAGAUUUUCUAAACGCAUUGUUUGUUUAUAAAGAGAUGGUGAAAGCAGGAAUCUUACCCACAAUCGAGACCUUGAAUUGUUUGUUGGAGUUAUUGCUUGCAACCAAUCGAGUUGAUUUGGCUUUGGAUCAAUUUAGAAGGAUGCACAAAAAAGGAUGCACUCCAAAUAGCAAGACCUUUGAGAUCCUUGUAAAGGGACUUUUUGCAAAAAGUCGAGUGGAUGAAGCUACUUCAUUGUUAGAACAAAUGCUUGAGCUCAGGUUUGAGCCAGAUUUAAGUUUUUAUAGAUGUUCCAUACCUCUCUUUUGCCAGGAAAAUAAACUAGAGGAGGCAGUAAAGUUGUUUGAAAUGAUGAAAGCUUCUGAUUUUGCGCCUGAUUCUUUUAUCUAUGAGCUUCUUGUACGGUGUUUGUGCAAGAAUCUUCAGUUGGAUUCUGUAGUAUCUCUCAUAAACGAGACAAUAGAAAGUGGUAUACCACUAGCUCAUUAUGUUUUUGUUGAUACGGUGAACUGCUUUUGUGACUUAGGGAAAUAUGAUGAGGCUAUAAUGUUCUUGGAUGAUAAACAAGUUGUUGAAACUCCUCCAUACAAUGCAUUGCUUGAAGGUUGCUGCAGUGCUGGUAAAAUUAAGAUAGCUAAUGCUUUGCUGGAAACAAUGUCUGAGAAAAAUAUUGCUGAUUGUUAUUCUUGGAAUAUUAUUGUCAGAUGGCAUUGCCAGAAUGGAGAUACUAGGAAAGCAUAUGAACUUCUUGGAAGAAUGAUCACAUCCUCAGUUACACUUGACCAUAUCACAUAUUCUGCUCUUAUAAUUGGCAACUGUAGAUUCAAAAAGUAUGAAGAUGCAAUGGAAUUGUUUGGCCAAGCUUGUGCUAGAUGCUGGCCUUUGGAUUUUACAUCUUAUUCUGAACUAAUUGGAGGCCUAUGUGACGUUAACAAAACUGAAGAGGCCACCAAAGUCUUUCAUUACAUGGCUUUGAAGAGAUGCUCACUCGAUCCCCUGUCCUUCUACAAGUUGAUUAAGAGUGUUUGUAACAUAGGAAAGGUCAAUGAAGCCAUAAGACUAUGGCAGCUAGCUUAUUAUUCUGGUAUUUCUUGUCCGAUUGAUGUCCACACUACUAUGAUGCAAGAAUUGUUUAAAUCAGGAAGGGCAAAAUAUCUAUUUGUAAUCCUCUCACGAUUGUUGGUAGAGGGCUGCAACCUUGAAAUGGAAGCAUAUUGCAUCCUCAUUCAAAGUAUGAGUCAACAAAAUAGAGCAAAGGAAUAUGUUUUACUUUUUAACAUGAUGGUUAAUGAAGAUAUGUUUCCUGAUCCAGAUAGACUGUUUGAUCAACUGGCAUUUAUUGCUAAUCAUUCUCAGUUAUGCGUGAUUUCUGGUGCAAUUGAUAAACUUUUAGAUGGUGAAAUUCUGAAUUCAGCAAUGUAUAGCUUACUGAUAAAUGGACUUUGGAAAGAGGGUAAGAAACAUGAGGCUCAUCGAUUAUUGGAUUUGAUGUUAGAAAAGGGUUGGAUUCCGGAUGCUAUCACUCAUAAAUUGUUGAUUGGAUCUGAUGUCAAAGAAGAACAGAGUGAAGAAAUGUUGAUGUAUAACAACUCCUUGCAAGAUUCUGUUAGCAACAUACUUGCAGAAAGUCUUGGAGAUGCCUGAAACAUAAUUAUUCCAUGAAAAGACUCUUGAUUGCUGAGCAUUCCAGUUCCAUCAGGGGUGCUGCUCCGUGCAACUGCAUCUUCAGCAGCUGACAAUGCCUGUCAAGGAGUUUCUUCUGCACGUAGUCUUGCAGCAAUGAUCAGCUGUACUUUUUGUCUAUUCUUUCAGAAAGUACUGCUGCCCUGGUGCCAAUAUGGUCAAAUUUAAUGGCCAUGGUGAAAUUGGCAAGAUGUCAAAUUGACCAAUGUAGUUCAUAUGUAACCCCAAUUGCAACAUAGACAUGCCAUUAUUCAUGUGGAACUAAUCUCACUGAUCCAAGCUGCAGAUGGAUUGCAUGCAUUUCUUAUAUACCCGUGCCUAGUUGAUCAACCUGUGAGCUUACAUUGAGAGGAGAUUAAUUUUCAUUGCUGGCACUCAGAUGUAUUGAUUAAGGUUUUUGCCCCAAAUCUUCUUAAAUAUACUUGUAUCAGCUGGAGGGGAUGGGAAGAUAGCUUCAUAUUAUCUGCCAAACUAACUACAAUUUAAGCUAGGAUUUUUGGAUGUCAACUUGAUUCUGUUACUACUUACAUAUUGCACAUAGAAGUGAGAGGAUUUGAUGAUAUUAACAAUCAUGAUGUGACCGAUCUAGCCAUCGUCCUGAUCUUAACUUGUAGGAUGAAGGCAGGUUGAGAUUAGGAAAAAAAAAUUGAGGAAGCUAUUUCAAUUGUGAAACGAUGUGUUUCAACUCAAUGAAGUGAAACUUUUCUCCUGUUAUGAAUCAGAACAAAGUAGUUUAUGUUAUUAUUAUUAUUAUUUUUUUA